AUGGACCCCGACAUUGCUGAAGAGUUCAGGGGACAUUAUCUAAGACAAUCGAAGAAAGUGAGGUCUGCGGUUGACAAGUGGCUAAAUCACUGCGCAGAAACUCCAGCACCGCCGCCUCAAGAAGUGGAUGACGAGACCCUCACUUUCGCCAUCAUGACCAACCUCGACCAAGACGACCAGCCAUUCUUCAAUGCUCUUCUUUCAGGUGCUCGAGAGUUGCAACCGGCACUUCGAGCUCCUACCCCGAUGCGCAAAGCUCGGAACGACUUCGUUGUGAAAUCAGGCCUAGCAAUACAGAGACUUUAUCGCCUCCAGCAAGCUCCGCGAGAUGCCGAAACUGUCAUGUACCUAGUCAAAAAUCCUCAUAUGCAUGACCUUCUCCACACUAUAUGCGACAUCAACGCACAAGAGUGGGAAAUUCUUAUAUCAGGCCGCUUUGAUGGCUUCCUCUGGUCUGGUGCGGAUGGCGAGGACGAGGCAGUCACCCCGACGGCAGAGAACCCAUCGCGUGGUCCCACCCCGGCCAACGCAUUCUUUCCCCCGACACGAGUCGGCACCAUGAGCCCUGGCGGCAUCGCUCGAUUCACUCCUGCUCUUGGCAUCGGCACGCGGAACACAACGCCGUUCUCACGAGGUGCAACACCAGCUUCCUUUGUCAGCGGCACCUCGAUGGCCUCGUCCGCCCACCCCAACCGGCAAGCCGUCUCCAACGACGAGGAGACCGAGAUCGCCGUGCUGGCCGAGCUCGAGCGCGAGAUCUUCAUGGGCAUGGAGGCGCUCGAGGACGCCUUCGAGGUGCUGCACCGCAAAGCGGAACUCGUUAGAACCGCCCUACGCCAACGCGGUGCCGGCCUCUCCAUGAGCCUGCAGAACCGCCGCGGCGGCUUUGGCGCCUCGCACAUCGACGUCCUGCCGCAGUCCGGCGACUUUGGCCCGCUCGACCGCCCCUCGUGGGCCGACGAGUCCACGGCCAGCGAGAGCGACUGGGGCGGCGACGACUUUGAGAUUGCCCCUGACGACUCGGCCAGCAACAUCAGCAGCUCGCGACAGCGCCGGCCGCGGCGUCGCGACGAGAGGCGCACGCCCGCGCCCAUUCAGGAGGAGGACGAGGUCUAA